CGCCAAAAAUGUUGUUGUUCACAGAGAAAGAGGGAGGAAGGAAGGGAACAUAUGAGGAAGGGAAGGAAGGAAGGAAAACAAAAAAAAUAUGAAUGAAGGAAGGAAGGAUAACUUAACAUUUUAAUUCUAUAUCAUUUUACUUCCCAAUGGUUUCUGGCUUCUUUUUUCUUUUUAUUAAUAUGGUGUUCAGAUACAAUUGGUGUCCAGGUUCAAUUGCUCUGUAAACAAAUCCAGAGUGUCACUGAUUGUACUUGAAAGCAGGUGUGUGUGUGUGUGUGUGUCCAUAAAUGCCCUUCAGUUCUUACUUUUUUCAUCCUUAUAUCAAAAGUGGAUCUUCAUGUGCCUGGCCUUCCUUGUCUUGAAAUGUUCUCCACAAACAUCACACUUGAACUCUCUCAGAUCUGGGUGUCCGACAUCGUGGCUGUUCAACUCAGAAUAACUGGACUGACUAUUUAUUUAUUUUUUUGUUUGAGCACGCUUGGUUUGUUUGUUCGUAUUUAUUCACUGGAUUUCUUGAAUUUAUUGUUUUUGUGAAUGGAUUGAUGUUUUUUUAUUAAUUUGGUUUCUGGACACAAUUGGUUUCUAUAUUCAAUUGGUGUACAGAUGCAAUUGGUGUCCAGAUUCAAUUGGUGUCCAGAUGCAAUUGGUGUCCAGAUUCAAUUGGUGUCCAGAUUCAAUUGGUGUCCAGAUGCAAUUGGUGUCCAGAUUCAAUUGGUGUCCAGAUUCAAUUGGUGUCCAGGUUCAAUUGGUGUCCAGAUACAAUUGGUGUCCAGAUGCAAUUGGUGUCCAGAUUCAAUUGGUGUCCAGAUUCAAUUGGUGUCCAGAUUCAAUUGGUGUCCAGAUUCAAUUGGUGUACAGAUGCAAUUGGUGUCCAGAUUCAAUUGGUGUCCAGAUGCAAUUGGUGUCCAGAUUCAAUUGGUGUCCAGAUUCAAUUGGUGUCCAGAUGCAAUUGGUGUCCAGAUUCAAUUGGUGUCCAGAUUCAAUUGGUGUCCAGGUUCAAUUGGUGUCCAGAUACAAUUGGUGUCCAGAUGCAAUUGGUGUCCAGAUUCAAUUGGUGUCCAGAUUCAAUUGGUGUCCAGAUUCAAUUGGUGUCCAGAUACAAUUGGUGUCCAGAUACAAUUGGUGUCCAGAUACAAUUGGUGUCCAGAUACAAUUGGUGUCCAGAUACAAUUGGUGUCCAGAUACAAUUGGUGUCCAGAUACAAUUGGUGUCCAGAUACAAUUGGUGUCCAGAUACAAUUGGUGUCCAGAUACAAUUGGUGUCCAGAUACAAUUGGUGUCCAGAUUCAAUUGGUGUCCAGAUUCAAUUGGUGUCCAGAUACAAUUGGUGUCCAGAUUCAAUUGGUGUCCAGAUUCAAUUGGUGUCCAGAUUCAAUUGGUGUCCAGAUUCAAUUGGUGUCCAGAUUCAAUUGGUGUCCAGAUUCAAUUGGUGUCCAGAUUCAACUGGUGUCCAGAUUCAAUUGGUGUCCAGAUUCAAUUGGUGUCCAGAUUCAAUUGGUGUCCAGAUUCAAUUGGUGUCCAGAUUCAACUGGUGUCCAGAUUCAAUUGGUGUCCAGAUUCAAUUGGUGUCCAGAUUCAAUUGGUGUCCAGAUUCAAUUGGUGUCCAGAUUCAACUGGUGUCCAGAUUCAAUUGGUGUCCAGAUUCAAUUGGUGUCCAGAUUCAACUGCUCUGUAA